AUGAACUAAAAAAAUUUUUAUACCAAACACAACAAAAUUGAAUAGAACUAAGAAUUACUUUUUAGUUCUAGAAAUAGAGUUCGAUCAGCAUUUUAAGACAUUUCAAAUAUGAACUUUACAUUUAUAAAUUAAUAGGAGAAGUCUUUGAAAUAAUAAAAAGAGGAAAUAAAAAUUUAGAAGGGUAAAAGAAGAAAUGCAAUAAUUCCUGUUAACAUUGGAAGAAUGCUCAUAUAAGUUGAAAAUGCAGAGUUUCAACAGAUAAAUUAUUAAUUGAGAUCUGGAAAAGAGUCAGAGAAAGAUAUUCUAAGUUAUUUUGAUAAAUUCCGAUGUGAAAUUUAUUAAUAUGAAUUAGUAAUAGAAUAAUAAGUAUGAUGAAAUUUAAAAUUAGUUAAAUAAAUUGAAUAUUGAUUAACAUGAUUUUACAGGAGAACAAUUAGAAAGAGUUUUAGAUUGGAUGGUAUACAAGAUGAAAAAAUUCAGGAAAGUUACCAUUGAGACAAUUUUCAAAGCUAUUGAAUUAGUUUAUUAAUACUUAUAGAACACAAUUCAUUUAACAUUUAAAGAAUUGGAAUUGAUAUCAGGUUGUAGCAUUUAUAUUUCAUCAAAACUUGUUGAUUUGUAUCCAAUAUAUAUAGAUGAUUUAUGCUAAGAAGUAAAUCUUUCUAAAUGAUAUAGGUGUUACAAUCAAAAUAUUAUAACAGUGAUAUCUUAUAAUAAGAGAGAAAAAUGUGCUAAAUAUUAAAUUAUAGUUUAUGUUUCACAACAUCAUCUUAAUUAGUGCAUAGAAUAUUAAUGGAUUUAAGAGAUUUAAUAGAAUAAAUUUAUGAUAAAGAGAAAGUGGAAUAAUUGAGAUAGAAAAUCAUAGAUAAUUUGUUAUAUAUGGAAAUAGGUUAAGAGUUUAGAUAGAUCUCAUAGUGCAAUAAGGCCUUGGCUUGUAUUUUAUUAACUAUGAUAGAAGAAAAUAUUGAGAGUAGAGUAGUAAUUAUUUGA